AAGUCCCGUUAGCUAUGAAAAGCUCACUUACCAUGUGAGAAAGAAGGCCACCACCAUCUACUGCCACUGUCUCUUCUCUUCUUUCUCUUUCUCAGUUCGAAUAUCAGCUACAGCUCAGAGCAUAAUCAGCGACAAGGAAUGGAGUUUUUCUUCACAUCCAUUGCCAGAUCCAUCAAGCUCAGCAGUUACGCCAUUUUGCUUGUGGUGUUGUUUUCUUGCUCCAUUUUCACUUCUACAGAAGCCUACGAUUCGCUUGAUCCAGAGGGAAAUAUCACCAUCAAGUGGGAUGUAAUGAGCUGGACUCCAGAUGGUUAUGUUGCUGUUGUUACAAUGUUCAACUUCCAGCAAUAUCGCCACAUUCAAGCACCAGGAUGGUCACUUGGAUGGUCAUGGGCCAAAAAGGAAGUAAUCUGGAGUAUGAUGGGAGGACAAACAACAGAACAAGGGGAUUGUUCAAGAUUCAAAGGGAAUGUACCACAUUGCUGUAAAAAGGAUCCAACAGUUGUGGAUUUACUGCCAGGAACUCCUUACAACCAGCAGAUUGCAAAUUGCUGCAAAGGGGGUGUUAUAAACUCAUGGGUCCAGGACCCAGCUAAUGCAGCAAGCUCAUUCCAGGUCAGUGUGGGUGCAGCUGGGACUACCAACAAAACUGUCAAAUUGCCAAAGAACUUCACGUUGAGAGCUCCAGGGCCUGGAUAUACUUGUGGGCCUGCCAAGAUUGUAAAACCAACCAAGUUUACCACGGCGGAUCAGAGGAGAGUCACUCAGGCUUUGAUGACUUGGAAUGUUACUUGCACGUAUUCACAAUUCCUGGCUCAGAAGACGCCUACAUGUUGUGUCUCAUUGUCAUCGUUCUAUAAUGACACUAUAGUAUCCUGCCCAACUUGCACCUGUGGCUGUCAAAAUAAUCUAACUCAUCCAGGGAGUUGUGUAGCCCCAAACAAUCCAUAUUUAGCUUCAGUCGUUGAAGGCUCGGGUAAAACCAGUUAUCAGCCUCUCGUCCAGUGUACCAGCCAUAUGUGCCCAAUCCGUGUCCAUUGGCAUGUUAAGCUCAACUACAAGGAUUACUGGCGGGUGAAGAUCACAAUCACAAAUUUCAAUUACAGAAUGAACUACACCCAAUGGAAUCUUGUUGUUCAACAUCCCAACUUUGAUAAUCUCACACAGAUUUUCAGUUUUAAUUACAAGUCAUUAACUCCUUAUGCAGCCAUAAAUGACACUGCCAUGUUAUGGGGAGUCAAGUUUUACAAUGAUUUGCUCUCUCAAGCUGGUCCUCUUGGGAAUGUGCAGUCAGAGCUACUAUUUCGAAAGGAUAAAGCAACUUUCACUUUUGAUAAGGGAUGGGCUUUCCCUCGAAGAAUUUAUUUCAAUGGUGAUAAUUGCGUCAUGCCUCCACCAGAUGCCUACCCAUGGUUGCCAAAUGCCAGCUCCCGACCCACUGUCUCUCUCCUUUACUCAAUCUUGACAAUCUUGGCGGUUUCUGUCAUUGUAUUGGCUUAUGCUUAGUAAAUUAUACAGGAAAAAUCCAAGAAAUUACCUGUUCUGGAAAUUUCACAAACUUCAAUCUGGUUUAGAUCAUACGAAAAGUCGUGGAAAUCUCACCAAUGGGGUUGAAUGUGUUGGUGCUGUGUUUCAAGGUUAAUGCAGGUCACUAAAAAACUCUGCCUUGUUAUCUAUUUUAUGCAUUGGGGGUGAGUUUAAUUUUGCUUAGAUUUAGUUUUUGUGUUGUAAGUUUAUGUAUUUUUAUUUAUACCUUUGAUAAUUUUGUUUCUAGCAUAUCCACAAAAAUAUUCUUAGCGUUGUAAUAAGGAAAUUCACGAGCAAAUGACAGUUGAUAUAUGGUUUUGUAUA